UUUAUUAUUGUUAUUAUUAUUUUUUUAAGCCCUUUUUUUAUUUAUAUAUAUAUUUAUUAUUUCUAUAAGCAAAUAUGAGCAGAGACGACGAAUAUGACUACUUGUUCAAGGUUGUACUGAUUGGUGAUUCCGGUGUCGGUAAGACCAACCUUUUGGGUCGCUUCACGCGUAAUGAGUUCAACCUCGAGUCAAAGAGUACCAUUGGUGUUGAGUUUGCCACCAGAAGCAUCCAGGUUGACAACAAGGUCAUCAAGGCCCAGAUCUGGGAUACAGCUGGCCAAGAACGUUACCGUGCCAUUACCAGCGCCUACUAUCGUGGUGCUGUUGGUGCUUUGUUGGUCUAUGAUAUCUCCAAGCACUCGACUUAUGAAAGUGUCGGACGCUGGUUAAAAGAACUCCGUGAUCAUGCGGAUUCCAACAUUGUUAUCAUGCUUGUGGGUAACAAGAGCGAUCUUAGACAUUUGAGAGCUGUUCCCACUGAUGAUGCCAAGCAAUUUGCUGCUGAAAACGGCCUUUCGUUUAUUGAGACUUCAGCUUUGGAUGCCACCAACGUUGAGCUCUCUUUCCAGAGAAUCUUGACAGAAAUCUACCGGAUCGUGUCCAACAAGGCUUUGGAGUCUUCUAACAAUGUUAUUAAGCCCACUGGUGGACAGACUAUUAUGGUGUCUCAGUCCCCAGAUGAACAGAAGCAGGGUGGCGGAUGCUGUUAAAGAGGCAUAGAAACCAAAAAACAAGAAUGAAUUGAAGAGAGCUAAAUAACAAUCAAAGGCAAGGAAAUGAAGAAAAUAAUUUCCAAUGAAACCAAACCCAAAAUAUGGUUCUUUCUUUGAUUUGUCUAUUUAUCUAUCUUAUUUAUCAAUCAACCUCUUUAUUCUUUAUUCUUUAUUCCAUCUAUCUAUCCCUAUAUAUAUUUCUUAUAUGCGAUCUCUUACCCUUUUUCUUUUCUUUUCUUUUCUAUUCUCUCUCUUUCGUAUCGCCUCACCCUCCAAGCCCAAACCCUUUUUUUCCCUUUCUAUAUUCUAACGACCUUUACUCUAUCUAUCUAUCUAUCUAUCUAUCUAUCUAUCUAUAUUUUAUUUUUUAUAUGUAUUAAAAUAAAUAAAUCAACCAAUAAAUCAACAAAAAAAUAUUUUAUUAUUACUAGUAAGAAAUCC